GUUCUGUCGUCAAUCGUGUUCGAGUUGCGUGCGCGGUUUGUUGGGUUUUUCGAAUGGUGUUUUGGAUUGGAUUGGCUGCGGAUCGUCUCUUUUUUUGUUGUUGCUUUUUUCGAGUGUGUGCCUUGUUUAUGUUAAUGUGAAGCGAUAAUUAUUUAUUUAUUCCAAAUGCUGGCAAAUAUUGCAGAAUUAGCAAUAAGUUUGGUCAAUUUACGGUGCUGGAAAUUGGAAGCGUGAGACCGAUCCGCACACUCAUUAUGGAGCACGGUUGUAUGUGUGCGUGCCAGUGGUGGUAUGCAACAUAAAUAAGCAUUUGGAAGCUAAAGGGUCAAACCGGUUUAACCAACGCAGACGCCACUGGGGGCACCACUUAGUCAUGGAGGAGGAGGCAACAUCAUCCACAACAGCAGCAGCAACAACAACUGCAGCAGCAGCAGCAGCAGCAGCAGGAACAUCAGCAUCCUUGCAACGUGUCGGCUCUCAAGCGAGUCUAGAACAGGCGUCGCCCAUGUCCCCCAGCCAGGUGGUUGCACCGGCUCCCCAUCACUAUCAUUACAUACAAUAUCCGGCGCACUAUCACCAGCCGCAGAUGCCGAUGCAGUUGCAGCCGCAGAUCCAGCAGACGGGCAGCCAAUGCCAAUGCCCCUGCUCCUGUGGCCGGGCGCCACAGAUGCCCCAACUGCCGCCGCAGCAGCAGCAGCAUCCAUCGCAGAACGGCUCCAUGGCUGUGGCGGUGCUGGUGCACCAACAGGCCUCUGUUCCAGCCGCUGAUCAAUCGACGCCACUCAAGACGCAGUCGGCCCAGUCCCUGCUCAACCACUCCUACCAGGCGCUGCACGAGGAGCAGCAGCAGCAGCAGCAGAGGGAUCGGCUCAAUCUCCAGCUGGACACGUCGGUGGGAGCCGGCAGCUGUGACUGCGACCUGGAGUGCAGCUGUGCCGCCAACGGAGGCUCUUCCCUGGCCCAGCACAAGCGCAGCCUGCUGGCGGAUGCCAUGCUCGGCGCGGACGAGAUCACGGUCAGCGAAUCCGACAACAACAGCACAAUGAUCAAGAAGAAGAAGCCCCGCUCCAGUGCCGGGCAGCUGCCGCCCAAGACUCAGCCCACGGGCGACAGCUGCAACGACAUUUACCACGACACGGAGCUGGAUGGGGCAGGAGGUUCUGUGCCCUCCUCAGGAGGAGGCGGCUCCCGCGGCAGAAAGUCCCAGAAUCUAGACGACAACCGUCCGCCCCUGCCGCCACGCCCACCGCCCAGGCCACGCAGCAACGGAAAUGGAUCCAUAGCCCAUCGCCAUGGAGCUGGCAUCAAGAAGUACGUGGUGUGGUGCCUCAUCUGCGGCGGCUUCAGCUGCCUACUUGGCGUGCUCUUCCUGGGCGUCUACUUCCUGCUGCACUCGUACACCAUCACCGUGGGCAACUUUGAGACAGUGCCGACCUUUGUGCCUGCCACCCUGCUCAUCCUCACGGGCAUCUGCAUCAUGAGCCUGGCCCGUCGAAGGAAUCGCUACAGCUAUUUGAUUAAGCUGUCGGGCGCCUGUGGCCUGGUAUCUGCCCUCACCUGUGCCUUGGUCACGGUUACCACCACCGUGCUGCACAUGAGUCGCCUGCAGGCGCUGCGGGAGUGCGAGUACGCCCAGAAGACGCGCACCUGCACCUGCUACUCGGACCUCAUCGAGUCCCAGGUGGAUCGAGUGGACAAGGAAGGAGUGCGUCUGGUGUUCGACUCUCUCUCCGAUUGCGGCGUUGUCCAUGGAUCGCUAUACUCCUGCCUGCGGGCCAUCUUCGGGCUGUCUGUGGCCGGAGUGCUCAUCGCCGUCUUCAGCUGCAUGCUGGUCUACCAGCUGCUCAGCCAUGAGCGCAAGAAGAUGUACUGGGAGCAGCUGGAGCUGCGAUGCCGCUCCCUCUAUGCCAGCCAGGCGCCGCCACCCUCUCUGGGGGCUCUUGGGGCCCCCGGACGGAUGCUCAAUUGUCGCUGCUGCGAGCAGUGCCACGCCCAUCGGCAGAUGACGCUGCCGUUGCAGACAACCGCUUAUCCCUGGGACGAGGCCACGGUGGCGGCAGCGGCCGCGGCAGCCGGAGGCGGAGGAGCAGAGCAGCGCUUCUGGGCGGCACAGCCACCGGGAAACUUUUACUCGCCAAAUCCCGGCGGAGAGGAUCCCUCCGGACCGUGUCGCGGCGGAGAACGGGGAGCAGGAGGAGGAGGCGGACGAAGCAGCAGCGGCUGGAGCUGGCCGAGAAUGCCAUGGCAGCGCACUACUCCGGACACGGGAAGACGCUUCCGACAGGCAGCAGCCAGUCCGGACUCCCAGUACGGUUUCAGCUCGGCCACGGCCAUGGCGGCGGACGGUAAUCAGAUGCUGAUCGAGGAGCCAGCCGUGGGUGCCACCUACAAUGGCAUGCCGCCGCCCAACGCCUUGCCCUACGGAGUGUGGGGUCCGCCGCCGCCUUACAGCGAUCCCAACAGCCCCGCAAGGCGUGGCUACUACCAGUAUCUGCAGCCGGCGGCUUGUCUGGCUGGCAAUCCCUCAACCACAACGGUGGCGCUCACCCAGGAGCAGCUGCAUCAGCAGGCGAUGCAGCACCAGCACCCACACGCACAUCCCCAGCAGCAGCAGCAGAUGCAGCUGCAGCUGCAGCGAAUCCAAGGCCAGUCGGCCACUCUGGAGCGGAUGGACGGUCUGAGCCUGAGUAGUAUGACUGGCAAUAUGACCGGCAUGACGUCCACACGAUCCUCCGCCUACAAGUCGAAGGUCGAGUACGAGAACACGCCCUCGGACAGCGACGGAGGCGGCAAUGCGAGGGAGAGGGAUCGCUGCUCGAACACGCUACCCACGCGCAAGCUAAAGAAGCGCAUCGAGGCAGGCACUGGGGCCAAGAGCAUCGGACCCCAGAGCAAUCCCAGCCAGCAGCGUCCCAAUGUGCAGCAGCUAUUCGCCAAGCAGGAGCAGCAGCCACUGCAGCAGCAGUCCACUCAGGGCGGCACGCAGCAGGCACAGACGCAGUCUUCGGCGGGCGUGGAGAACAGCGGCUAUCAGGACUCGAACGGAGCCAUAGCCAAAGAUCAGGUUGGCGGUGGGGUCGUGGGGUCACUUCUACAGGACCCCGCCGAGUCGGAGGUCUACUUUGCGGACGUCAGCAGCUGCUGCAACAUGUCCGUGAAGAACGACAACUACUAUGACAACGCCCACCGCCACCAGGGGCACCAUCAUCAUCAGCACCAGCACAGCAACUGCAGCCACAGCAGCACUCAGAGCAACGCCAACACCAACAACUCCUCGGCGAACGAGGAUUACCUGGCCCAGAGAUUCGGACGACGCGAGCACUCCAUACGCAGUCGCUUGCCCAUUCCCCAGGCCCGCCUCGAGGACGACUACGAGAGCUCCAACCUCAAUAUGCCGACGAUGAAGGAGCAGCAGCAGCAGCAGCAGCAGCUGCAGAAGGAGAUCUCGCGCCAGAGCAUGUGCUCCGUGGAGUCGGAGGCCAAGACUGAGUUCACCGACCUGUCGCCAUCGACGCCCUGCGGAGGAUCGCUUCCUCCGCCACCCGCAAACUUUGCCAGCGAUCCGCCGUGUACGACGGGCCAGCAAUCGCCGAGCUUUGUGGCCUCGUUCCCGUACUCCUCGGAGUCGCAGUGCCUGGAGGCGCAUCGCCGCUCGACAAAGAACAUCCACGAGCUGCUCAUGGCCGGAGGUGGAACCUCAACUGUAGGGGCAGACUCCCACUACGAGGUCAUCAACGAUAGGAACAAUCCAGUGGCCGGCUAUCAGCUGCAGCGCGCCAUCGCCGGCGGCAGCCACAAACACAAGUCCAAGUCGAAAACACGUUCGCGGGAGCAGCUGGACAUCUAUGGGAGUGGUGGAGCCGAUCGCUCAGACUGGUCCUCGGACGGGGGACGUUUGUGAGGCCAAGCGAGCGACGAGGUGUUUGUCUAGACGGAGCGGAGCAGUGGUUUCAUCAUCAUUAUAUACUCAGUAAGGACGGGACUGUGUCCCCGUGUCUCCCUUUUGGUUUGUCCCACACCCACUAAGUAUCGUCGCAUUUGUAAUGUUUGCCAUCCAGCAGAGGAACAACACUUCCUCCCUCUCUCUCCAACUCAAGGGCCCCGGCCACACACCUUGCUUUAACUAUUUUACGCGAAAUAUCCUUUGCAUAGUAGAUAUAUAGUUUAUAUUGAAUAUUGAAUAUUUACUAAUGGUAACGUAACAAAAUAUUGUAGCAUUGAAUUGAAUGUUGAGCAAUUGUAGCAAUGAUGGCGCUGUGCGACAGUGAUUUUGCACUUUGCACGGGACAAAAACUAGGUUGUAGGCCUACCUUCUAAUUCGGUAGCAUUUUAUUUAUUAUUAUUUUUUUUUUUUUUCAUUAAUUCCCAACAAAAUAAGCUACUAAUUAUGAAAAUUGUCCAAAGAAUGUCAAAGAUGCGAAUUUUUAAGUUGAUCAAUCGCGGUUUUUGAACUAAGAAAAAAGAUUUUGGGGGUAUAUUGAGAGUUCAAAGGGUGAUGAGGAUGUGAUCUACUCAUCCAGGCCUACAGCCUAAUUUUUGUCUCGUGCUAAGUGCUUUCAAAAGUUUCCAUUUUGUCGCACAGUGUAGUCUAUGAAUAUUAUUAUACAAAUUAUGUUAUAUUUACCUGCGUAUUUACAUAGUUGCAUACAUAUACAUACAUACACACCUACACACAUAUACAUAUACAUAUAUAUAGUAUAUAUAUACAUAGUUAGUUAAAUGUUAGAGCGCAAGUUAAAUUUAUUAAAGAACAAAGUAUAUCCGAAGCAUUUUAA